UUUGUCGCCAAUCAAAUCCACACCUUCUCUUCUCUUGGCCUUGUUGUUUUCCAUUCGUCUCGCUCUCUCUACAUUUAUCUCCUCUUCUUCGUUAUUUCUUCGUCACCACUGCCUCUGCGUCCAGUCUUCACCACUACAAAACAACACUCAACGCGCAACGUUUCUCCUGAAAGCUAUAACUCAUGAUCUGAUCUGACUCUGAUUCAUGAUUUGCGCAACAAACGACACCUCAAGACCCUCUAGGAUGCCCUGACGAUAAACAAUACUCUCACCACGACACACGACUUUCCAUUUCUUUUUCCUUUAUUUUCUUGUCCCAUUGCAGCGUUUAGCCUCACGACUACGAGUCACGACACACGCUGCUACGGGAUAAACAACGACACAAACAUCCACGUAUACACACAAAUUUUUGUUAUAGACAUCUAGUCUCGAGCUCAAACACAUAAACAAGCAGUAUUCUACCCGCCGCUAGCAACCAUGGACACCAGCUAUCUGGCCCAGCAGGUCAAUAGCAGCAUCACACAGCUGCAUGGCCUGUUUGACGAAAUCGGCGUCCCUAGCCAUGAGCGCCAGGCUCGUGAAUCAGAGCUCUUUGCAGCCCUUUCCGAAGCCCUCAACAGCCAAGUUCGCCUAGUCACGACUGAAAAGAAGGAAAUGAUGGACGAAGCCAAGGAAAUUAUCACAACCAUUCGCCAAAUGGAAUCAUCACUCGACGACUCAAAACAGCGUUCAAACUUCUCCGACGACGGAGAGUUCAAAAUCACAUAUCCCCUCAACAAGUGCCUCCAAAACCUCAAGGAGCAGCACACCCAGAUUAGCAGACUACACAAGGAGCGCUUCGAACAAGUAAAGAAGCUUGUCCAGGCUCUUGAGUCGUACUCAUCACAUCUUGAGGCUACUUUUGUGCAGAUUCCCCUGCCACCAACUGCCCCUGGUACCGUCGUCUCGCCGAGCUUCGAUCUGUCUCCAUCUUAUGUAGACCGCCUCGACAAGGAGUUUACCCGCGUCUACGAAGAGUACACUCGCCGCAUUGCCUCGGUGCAAUCCAUUUCUGACAGCGUCAUUCAGCUUUGGGCAGAACUUGGCAUUCCUCAGGCGCAGCAGGACGGCGCCAUUGUCAAGUACUACCGCGAAGCCCCUGAGCAGCUCGGUCUCCACGACGACGAUAUUAAGCGUCUGCAGUCUAAGCGCGAGCGUCUCAUGGACGAAAAGAAGAGCCGUGAGAAGAAGCUCCGUGACCUCAAGACCGAGGUCGAGUCGCUCUGGACCAAGCUUAACAUUGACGAGGCCGAGACCAAGGCCUUCCUGAACCAGAACCGUGGUUGCGGACUGCGACAAAUCAACGAGUUUGAGGACGAGCUGAGCCGUCUCAACGAACUGAAGCGCGAAAACCUCCACCUCUUUGUCGAAGACUCCCGUGUCCAGCUCCAGGGUCUCUGGGAUGCCCUCUACUUUUCGGAAGACGAGAUGCUCGAAUUCACCCCUGCCUUUUCUGACGUGUACAGCGACGCCCUCCUCGAGGCACACGAGCGCGAAAUUGCCAGACUCGAAGCCAUCAAGGAACAAAGAGCGCCCACUCUUGCCCUUGUCGACCGCCAUAAGAGUCUUGUCAAGGAGCGCGAUGACUUGGCUGCUUCUAGUCAGGAUGCUUCGCGCCUGAUGCUCAGAGGACAAAAGGGCGAGAAGCGCGAUCCCGGAAAGCUUCUUCGCGAGGAAAAGAUGCGCAAGAGAAUCGCCAAGGAGCUGCCCAAGGUUGCCGUGGAGGUGCGCAAGGCCCUGGAGAGGUGGGAGAACGAAUACGGGCGACCAUUCCUUGUCUUUGGUGAGCGCUAUCUCGAUGAAUUUGAGGCCGAGGAUGCAAAGAAGGGCGGUGCCAUGACAAGAGCCAAGACACCUGCUGGUCCUGCUUCCGCAAUGAAGCCUGCACCCAAGUCUGCCGCCAAGGUCAUGCCAUCGCGAGCCGGAGCCAAGACACCCACUGCUAAGAGCACCGUCAAGAAGCAGCCCGCAACGGGCCAGUCCAACAACGGCCGCGCCAGCCCUACUAGAAUUCCCGGCCGCGUGCCUCUGUCCAACUUGAAGCACGGCAACAACUCACCGGAGCGACCCCGUCCGCAGUCCCGCGGCGAGACUCUCCGCAAUGGAGCUCCUGCGCGUGCGCCUCCCCCCAAGAUGCGCGAUCUCAAGGCUGUCCCUGAACUUGGCCCACCAUCAAGCCCAUACAAGGGAACUGGUCUAGAUACGACGAUAGUCCGCGGCAUUGAGCCCGAAGAUGUGUAUGACGACAGAUCGCCAGUCCAUCGUCUCCCUCGCAGCGACUCCAACCUGACAACGGCCACGACGGCAAGCUACUACACAGAAAGUGAGCACUAUGGACGAUCCACGGCGUCUGCGUACCCCAUGGCACCGCCUCCCCGCCAACACUCUGGCAGCUCGACACUUGUGUCGGGAUCAGAGAACUGGGAGACGUACGACGACAACAGCGAGCCCGAGAUGGACGCGACAGACACGUACUAUGCCAAGCUGCGCGCAGCCAAGAAUAAGCGAAACGAGCCCGACUACGGAUCGCGGCCGCAGAGCAGCAUGGCCAAGCGACUAAGAGGGAUCCCGCCGCCCCAGGGCUACACGGGGCCUGUCAUGAUUGAUGAUCAAGGAAACAGAAUCGUCUCUGGUAGCGAGUGGACCGACGACGACAUGUUUUAAAGUGAUAUGUCUGGGUUUGUUUGGCGGUUGCUGCUAGAUUCUGGGACUCGCGUCCUCCUUUGUUCAUUUUUUCACUUUACUUGAUUUUUUGUCCGUUGUUUAUACGUGUCACUUAUACACCAUUUUCAAUACUGCUUUUGGCGAGCAUCAUCUCAUCACUUUGUGGUUGUCUUUUUUAUUCUCCGAGACGACUGCUUUGUCGAACAUCAUCACUUUGCGGUCGUCUUUUUCAUUUUCCGAGACGACUGCUUUGUCAAACAUACUCACUUUGCGGUUGUCUUUUCCAUUUCCGGACGCAGUGUACAUUUCUCUUCUUCCCUCUUCUUCUUUGAACGAUAAUUUCUUGUCUCUUUUUCGUUGUUCAGUACAAAAACGAGUGACCGAGGCUGCAUGAUCAUGGGAACGUCUUCUAGCAACCAUUGGCUUUGGUCUGGGGUUUUUUCGUCUUGUUUUUCAGGGUUGGCGUAUUUUUCUUUAAGAAAUGUAAAUGUUUUUCCUUUUUUGGUUUCUUGUAGCGUGGUAUAAAUGGAUUGAAAUUUUCUUUUCCUCU